UCCUGGCGGACUCGAGCGGUCGGUCGCUUUCUCCGCGAUGGCUGCCCCGGUGACGCGGCAGGUCAGCGCCUGGGUCCUGAGCCCUGCGAGCUCGGACGCAGAGCGCGGGCAGCCGCUGGCGGCCGCCGUGGCCGAGCUGCCGGUGCUGGACGCGUCCGGGAGACGGUUGCCGUUCGGUGCGCUGUUCCGGGAGCGGCGGGCCGUGGUGGUGUUCGUGAGGCAUUUCUUGUGUUACGUCUGUAAAGAAUACGUUGAAGAUCUGGCCAAAAUCCCGAAGAGCGUCCUCCGAGUAAGUUUCCUGAGUGAGCGGCAGUGGGAAGCAGAUGUCACCCUCAUAGUGAUUGGACAGUCAUCAUACCACCAUAUUGAGCCUUUCUGCAAACUGACUGGUUAUUCUCAUGAAAUCUAUGUUGAUCCUGAGAGAAAAAUUUAUAAAAGAUUGGGAAUGAAAAGAGGUGAAGAAAUUUCCUCCUCUGGGCAGAGCCCCCACAUCAAGUCCAGCCUGCUCUCGGGGAGCCUUCAGAGCCUGUGGCGGGCAGUCACUGGCCCACUGUUUGAUUUCCAAGGAGACCCAGCUCAGCAAGGAGGAACUCUCAUCAUAGGUCCAGGUAACAGCAUCCACUUUGUGCACCGAGACAGGAAUAGGUUGGAUCACAAACCCAUAAACGCUGUUUUACAGCUUGUGGGAGUUCAGCCUGUGAACUUCAUGAGCAGACCUACAGUUAUCCAUGUGUGACUUAACCUGGGGUUUUCCACUUGUGAAUGGGCCCUUGAAACGUGAGCCAGAAUGCCAGGCAUCAUAGCUUCAUGGGGUUAUGAAAACACAGAGCGCAUGUGCCAUAGACAUUUAAAAUGUUACAGCUUCUAUAAUUUUACACAAAUUAUAUAAAAGUCAAAAAUUACAAAACUAUUACUACUGUUAUUAAUACCAUACUGUAUUAAUACCAUUUAAUAUUAAUACCAUUAAUACUACUGUAUUAAUACCAUUUUUUUAUAUUUAUUCAACAAAAGUUUUUGGCAACUAAAAUAGAAGAGGGGGUGCUGGAAAGAGGACCCAGGACCCAGGUUUGGUUCCCAAAACCUACAUGGUAGCUCAUUCUCUGUAACUGUAGUUCCAGGAAAUGCAAUAUCUUCUUCUAGCCUCACGUAGCACAUGGGCACACAUGCACACAUGCAGGCAAACCCUCAUACACAUAAGGACAAAUAUUUUAAGAAAUGCAUGGUGUGUGUGUGUGUGUGUGUGUGUGUGUGUGUGUGUGUGUGUGUGUAGAAAGGAAAGGGAAGGGAAGAAGGGGCACAGACUUGUAUGUAAUCCUAGUCCUGAGAAAUGAAGACAAGAGUCCAGCCUGAGCUAUAUGGGAAAAGCCUUUCUCAGAAAAAUAGUUAAUGAAAGUGAGGAAUGCAUAAAGAGAAGGAAAAGCAAUUCAGGAAAGUUUUAUUUAGCAGGAAAAAAAGAUUGUCAAAUUCUGUAAACAGUGUAACUACAUGUAUGUGUGUGCCUAAUUUUUUGUGCGCUUGGAGAAAAGAAGGUAAAUAAAUGCAGAGCAACACUGCCAGUAGGCCUGUGUAUGUCUGUGGUGAAAGUGUAGGUGUUUCUGCCUGCUCUCCAAGUUUUCCUUGUUCUUUCAUAAGCUUUGCUGAUUUGGGGGUGGGGCAGGAAGAAAAAUCUUUAAAUUUUUAAAUACUAAAAAAUCUUGGAAUACAAAGCGAAAAUGCCUGCCUACAUAAAACUUCUUUGGAAGUGUAGGUGGUUUUCUGUACGGUGGUUGCCUCCAAAGUGAGGAUUCAUUGAUUAAGUGAAUGGAACAAAACCUCUUACAGAGAGCAGAAUGCCUGGUCAGCAUCCACCCACUGCUGAUUGCCCUAGCGUUGUGUUGGGGAAGGAAGUAAGUGGAGGGAAAUACUUGGUUUGGUGUAGGGCCUG